CCACCUCGCAGGCCACUAGGCACUAUUACAUCAAGCUAUAUAUAGCUCCAGUCCACCUAGUGAGGAUUGUCGGUUCUUGUUUGGCUUGUGUUAGUUAUGUCAUUUGUAUUUGUGCUUGUUCAUUUUACAUUGAAAGACUGCAUUUUUCCUCUGUGAUAUGUGUAGAACUAUGAUUUAAAACAUACCUGCAAGAUUCACGGAAAUCGACACUUUGAAGAUGUCUUAGGAGAGUGAUUACGUGCUGACAGUCAUGCAUUGAACCUGCGAAAGUUGUGUACCUUGCCUGUGAUUCAAUUGUCAAUGUUUGGGACUUCAGCGAGUCGACAUUCUGCAUACUAAAUACGAAUCCAACAGUUUAACGACAUGUAAUGUCUGAAUGGAGUAGAUAUGUUGUAUAUCCAUGGACAUACAGAAAGAACGUAUUGUAUUUAUGAGGACUGAGAUUUAACAGCUAUGCACGCAGAAAGAGCGUUUGUGGUCUGUGUUUAUUUCGUUUUGGCUGCACACGGUGACACCAGCCCUGGGAACAGAUGUACAAAGGGGUUGCCGGGAACCUUCACAAUACAGCUUCAGUGUUCUGUCGGUGAAUGGAUACAUGUCGAGCAAGAGGCGUAUGGAGAUGGAGACGCCGUGACAUGUCGCCUGAAAAAAGCUGAGUCGUGCAGUAAGGUUCUCAACAGCAACAAGAAUGGCCUGGUCGUCAACUGUAAUGGGAAACAAUCAUGCCAUGAAGCCGUGACCGCAACAUCCCAAACAAACUGUAACUUUACAGAUGCUGCUGCGGAAGUACACUACAGCUGUAUUAAAGGUAGUAUGGAUAUGUGUAGUUCAGUCAACAAAACAGUAAACGGGUCGGUGUACCUCCAUUCCCCGGGAUUCCCUGACAGUGACCCUGUAAACAGCAGCUGUGUUGUUAGGAUCACAGGGGAUAAUAUACAAGUAACAUUGGUAGAACAGCGGAUGAAGACAGGGUUACUUAACAUCUCAGGUGACGGGAAACAACUCUGGACAAGCGUGAACGUGAACCAAUACAACAGGGUAUUUCCGGGAACAGCUGCCGAAGUAGUAAUAGUCUAUGAUAACCAUGAUCAGAAUGUAUCAAAUGUAUGGAUACGUGUUGCUGCUUCAGGUCAAAUGAAUAUAACUUCCAACGGACUAAUGUCGGAUGCAUCAACCACACCAGUACCCAUGUCACCACAUCAUCCAUCUAUUUCACAAGAUACAACCAGUGAAACAACUGCGACAACAGGAAGUGCACCUUCUACUACUAUGGACAAAUCAACCACAGAGGCAAAGACAGUGAAUCGAACAACGAAAGAAAACAUGACGUCGACUGCUUCGUUUAUAACAGACAAUAAGGACACAACACUUUCAACAACCACGUCAACGGCAGCUAGCGAUGGGUCUGAUCCAGAAACGGUAGUUUGGAUUGCCUCUGCGGCAUCAGGCUGUUUUAUCCUGAUCUUAAUUGUCGUGAUUGCGGUUGUCCUUUGCAGGUGUCAUCGUGUGAAGAACAGCGGUUCACCUGUUGCUCCUGGUAGCGAGAGUUUUGAAAGGUCUUUUGAACUCACUCACUCACAAAACGAAACGAGUAACAUGCAUUUUGUGCUUGAUCCAGAAUUGGUUGCUGGAAGUGGUGAACGGAUAUUACAUACAGAAUCUAGACACAAAACUGAGAACUAUAAAACUCCAGUGCAAGAUCAGUAUUCUGAUGUGUUGCCUAGGAGUUCUAGAGUAAAUAUGUACGACAACAGUACAUUUACAGUCACAACCAGCACAGCCGACAUCGGAGCACCCCAACUCCUGAAAGACACUGUUGCCAGCACGGCUUACAACGAUCAUCGUGCAAUAUGUGAUAUGACCGAAAAUGACAUAUAUGACGGAGAAGUGGCUUCGAAAGAUGUUACUGUAGAUGGAAUGGUUGAUAAUGGACACAAUGGCAAAUUCGAGUAUGCCAGAGAGGAUGGAUAUGUACAGGGCGAAUCGGACGUUUCUCCUAGCAACACGAAACCCAUCAGGAAAGAAAAAGCUGAUAUGAUAGAAAACGACGUCUACGACGGAGGGCCUCCUCCCCAUAAUGACCCCGUUGGCAGCAUGGAUGACAACGAAAAUCAUGAUAGCAGACGCAUAUCAACAGAAAAAAGUCAUAUGACAGAACAUGAUUUGUAUGAUGGAGGACUGGAUACGGGAGAUGAUACUGGUGGGGGAAUGGUUGACAAUGAACUCUAUGAUAAAUUUGGACAUGACAGAGAAAGGGAUUCUAUACAGGACGAAUCGGACGAUUCUCCCAGCAACGUAUUUGAUAAAAGCGUUCAGGAUGACGAGGAUAACGUUAUGGUGUCCAAUGGUCUCUACCACAGUUUCAAGUAGCAGCAGAGAUGCUGCAGGUAACACGGUCUGUGGUGGCGAUGAUUCAACAGGAAAUGAUGAUUAUAAGGAUAAUAUUAUAUUACGGUCAUUAAAAUAAGAUGAUUUUUGUCAAUGAUGGGUGUAUGUAAAUCUGAGACUUACACAAAACGGCUAUCAGGCAUUUACGUCAUCAGUGGGUGCAUGAACAGGAAUGUAUAUGUAGAAAUGCAGCAAAUGAAAAGAAACUGUCCACACAGUGUCCAGCUACUCAAAAUAUAAAGACAUUAGUUUCAUCUAAGUGUAUAAUAUUAGACAGAAAAUAUUGCUUCUCUGGUCAAAUGACAUUUUUACAUAUUUGGUCAUAUUUAAUGUUCAAAUGCAACCGAACUCGUUUUGUUGAAGACUAUUUUCAAAAUAUGCAAUGCUCUUCUGUUAUGAAUGGCAAUGAAUUAUAAGUAAAUACCGUUCUUUUGCCAAUUACAACCCAAAACAGUUUAAGAUAGUUUCGUACAUCAGAUUUUUCAUAUUUGAAGAAACAAAUAACCUCGCCUCUGCGUAUGUCACUUCGACUGACUCGUGCUGUCAUUUGCUCUUUCCAUAUAUACCCUGUUCGUAUUCUCUAUAUAUUGCAGUCUUGGCAUUUUCACUGGUGAUGCAAUUUAACAACACGAUAUAAAUCGAGGAAACACGAUAAUUAUAAAAUUAAGAACACAAUGAAUGUAAGAGGCCGAUGUUAUUCUUCUCAGGGGAAAAUUUCAUGCCUUUUUCCUGUAUCAAUGACAUGGAAAGUCGUCGGUUUCCUGAUGUUUACGAGCUAAUGCUUCUUCCAAAUGUGGGAGAAGUAGUUUAACAAUAUUCAUGUCGUCAUGCGUAUGUUUAUGUUGUUUAUAUUAUUUGUUCACUGAUUCAAUCACCCCUUUCUCGUUUUACUUUUUCCAGUUUCUCUAAUGUACAUAAUUCGGAUGAUUGCGUUAAAUGUAUAUAUGUACACUUAUAUAGCACAUGGAAGCUAAUAAACAUUAUUUGACUGUU